GAGCGGACACAAAUGCAAACCCUAAUCUCCAUUCCUGCUUCAUCUUCGGCGUCGAGCCCAAACCCCAAGCCUAACCCUAUCUCUGGUUCUAGCUCAAGCUUGAUUUGGAGCCGUAAUCCUUGCUCCAACCUUAGGUCUGAAACUCCUGUUCAGAUCAGGCUAUGGAGACCAGCAGCUCAGAGAAACAUCCGGAACCAAUGGUCCACAAUCGUUUCUCAGAAGCAGAAAUGGAGCUCUGCAUCUUCUAAUGGCCGAUCUCUUGCUUCAUCAUUGGUGAACGCUUACCUCUCGUGCAGGUACUUGCCAUCAAUGGAUUUGGGUGUUUUGAGCAGCAUGAAUGGGAUUCGCGACAAAGCACAUCAGAAGCUGGCUCAGAAACAGGAGCAUUAUCGGGAACAACUUUUGCUGUCAUAUAGCGAAUUGGUAUCGACUGUUUGUCAAAUGGUACGUGCAUCUCAAUCCAUGCGAUGCUUCUUAAAAGGAUCUCUUGAUAGUCCAAUUGUAGAAUUCUGUAGUCAGCCUGGCAAUAGUGAUGACUGUGGAGAUGGACGCGGUGUACCUGUUUUCUCUUAUUUGUCAGUCACCUAUUUUGAGAGCUUGGCGCAAGAACUCACUCAGAUGUUUGUAUUGGAGCUAAAUUUGAAGAGGUUGCUAGUGGCUGCUCUUUGUUGCAUCACUUGUGAUGAUGGUAUCAAUACACAAGCCAAUGUACUGAACUGGUCCAAUGAGCUGUUUCCUGGUGAAUUUGAGAACAUGGGAAGCAUUGGCUUGUUGAAUGAGGAAUCCUGCUUGCCAAUCCCUCCAUGCAUUCAGGGGCGGGAAAAUGGUGAUACUAACAUGGAAAGACUAAGCCAACAUCCAGAAAGAGAGGUCAUGCAGGUAUACUUGACUGUGUGGCUUGCUGAAGUGAAUAUCAAUACUCGAAGAGUGGAUGAGAUCAUAGCUAUGGUUGAGGAAGAGAUGCAGCUUAAACUCGGUUCAUCCUAGGCAUCUGUGGUGUAUGUUUAUUAUGAGGGUUCAAAUCGGAGGCCUUUAUUGAUAUUCAGGGAAUGAUUACAUGUAAUUUAAAUACUGAGUCUUGUUGUAAUUUUAGUUUCUAGGCAAAAAAAGAAAAUACACAAUAAUUCAUAAUAUUGGUCCUAGUUGGGGCUAAAAUAACUGCAAGAUUGUAUAUGAAAUACAAAACCAGAAAACUACAUGAUCAUUCCCCUCUGUAUUUAUAAGAAAAUGGGCAAUUCAUACUUUUAUAGGGAAAUGGUGAAGAUUUGGGGACAUCUAUUUAUUUAAGCUCUUAUUUGACUAAUUUCCUGUGUAUAAUGAACUCAUCUUGCCAAGGUGUAUCUUG